AUGAUCCUGUUUGAGAAAUUUCAAGCAACUAAUCUCCUGAUGGUUUAAUAUGAUUUGAUCUAUGAAAAAUAACUGUAGAAUCAUAAGAUGAUUUAUUUAAAAGAAUCAAUAAUAAAGAGAUCUGUUUAAAAAAGAAUUUCAAUAAAAAGAAUUAGAUCUCUUGCAAAAAAUUAGAUUAAAAAUUUCAAUUUAUUUCUCUUAUUACGAUUUUUGAAUUUGGGUUUAAUAAAUAAAAACUUCAUCUGCAUGUUGUAAUAAGUGUAUUUACUUUGGUUAAGAACUGAAAAAAAAUGUAUUCCAACUAUUAAUCUAGCAUAUUCGGAAAUGAAAGUUUUGAAAGAAUAAAAUAUAAAAAUAAAAUAAAUCUCUAAUUUUAGUAAAGAUGUACUAUUUAAAAUUAAAGAUAUUAAUUAAACAGAAGAUCACUAUAAAGCCAAUUGCUUAGCAAUUAAUAUAUAGAUAAAUAAAUAUUAUGCUGUAUUAAAGAAGGGUUCCAUGAUAAAUAUGUUUAAUAAUAGGUUAUUCAUUUUUUCUGAAUUAUUCAAAUAAAAUGCAGUUUAAAUUUUAUAGGAAGAAGGACCAUUUUUAAUCUUGUUUAAGAAAUGCCUCUCUAAAUUCAUAGAGAAUUUUGUUGAGCAAUAAUUCCAGCACUUGCUUUAUUUAAAAAAUCUUCUUUAAGUAUUAAAAUUUUAAUGA